CGCCGCGCCCGCCCCUCCCCCCGCGCUCGCCUCGGAACUUGCUGACUGCGCGGCCGGGAGGAGCCGAGCCGGGCGGCGGCGGCGGGAGGCCACAGCGCGCGGGGGUCUCCCGCGUCCCCUCAGCCUCGCCGGGAGCUCGCGCCCUCGCCCAGCCGGGCUCCCACCCCCCCUUUUUUCCGAAGGCGCUGGGCGGCGCCACCCUCCGGCCGGAGCCCGGCACUGCACAACCCCCUCCGACUUUCAAUGUUCCACACUCCCCGGCCAGAGCCUCCUCGGCUUCUUUUUUUCCCUCCCCCCCCUUUCCCCCCCCCCAGCUGCCUCCAUUUCCUUAAGGAAGGGUUUUUUUCUCUCUCCCUCCCCCACACCGUAGCGGCGCGCGAGCGGGCCGGGCGGGCGGCCGAGUUUUCCAAGAAAUAACUUCACCAAGAUGUCCAGUGAUCGGCAGAGAUCCGAUGAUGAGAGUCCCAGCACCAGCAGUGGGAGUUCAGAUGCAGACCAGCGAGACCCAGCCGCUCCAGAGCCUGAAGAACAAGAAGAAAGGAAACCUUCUGCCACCCAGCAGAAGAAAAACACCAAACUCUCUAGCAAAACCACUGCUAAAUUAUCCACUAGUGCUAAAAGAAUUCAGAAGGAGCUAGCUGAAAUAACCCUUGAUCCUCCUCCUAACUGCAGUGCUGGGCCUAAAGGAGAUAACAUUUAUGAAUGGAGAUCGACUAUACUUGGUCCACCAGGUUCUGUAUAUGAAGGUGGUGUGUUUUUUCUGGAUAUCACAUUUUCAUCCGAUUAUCCAUUUAAGCCACCAAAGGUUACUUUCCGCACCAGAAUCUAUCACUGCAACAUCAAUAGUCAGGGAGUCAUCUGCCUGGACAUCCUUAAAGACAACUGGAGUCCUGCUUUGACUAUUUCAAAGGUUUUGCUGUCAAUUUGUUCUCUUUUGACAGACUGCAACCCUGUGGACCUUCUUGAAAAACAAGCUCAAAAUAAAAUUUACGUCUCAGAUUCAAUUUCCCGCUCAGAAUAUUAUUUAAAACAAAAUGGCAAGCAAGUUUUCAAAUGGAGCGGAUCCUCUGGUUGGAAGCAUAGCCACUCAGUAUUUGACCAACAGAGCAGAACAUGACAGGAUAGCCAGACAGUGGACCAAGCGAUACGCAACAUAAUUCACAUAAUUUGUAUGCAGUGUGAAGGAGCAGAAGGCAUCUUCCCACUGUGCUGCAGAUCUUUAUAGCCUUUACAAUACGGACUUCUGUGUAUAUGUUAUACUGAUUCUACUCUCUGCUUUUAUCCUUUGGAGACUGGGAGACUCCCCAAAAAGGUAAAUGCUAUCAAGAGUAGAACUUUGUAGCUGUAGAUUAGUUCUGUUUAAAACGCCUACUUGCAAGUCUUGCUUCUUUGGGAUAUCAAAAUGUAUUUUGUGAUGUACUAAGGAUACUGGUCCUGAAGUCUACCAAAUAUUAUAGUGCAUUUUAGCCUAAUUCAUUAUCUGUAUGAAGUUAUAAAAGUAGCCGUAGAUGAUUAGGAAUUAUGUCAUUUGUAUUAAACCCAGAUCUAUUUCUGAGUAUGUGGUUCAUGCUGUUGUGAAAAAUGUUUUACCUUUUACCUUUGUCAGUUUGUAACGAGAGGAUUUCCUUUUACCCUUUGUAGCUCAGAGAGCACCUGAUGUAUCAUCUCAAACACAAUAAACAUGCUCCUGAAGGCAUA